AUGUCUUCUCCAUCCUCCGAGAAGGAUGGGGAGGAGGAGGAAAAAGAGGACGACUCUGCAGACGACGACGACGACGACUUUGUUGGCGAAGACGUCAGAAAAAUCUUCAAUCGAGACGGCUUUCUUUUCCUUCCCGCACAACCGAGGGAGGACAAAACAGUUAACGGGAGCCAAACGGAAGUCAUCGACGCGGACGCGUUUGUCGCGCAGAUGUUCCGAGAGUUUCGCGCGCCGUCCAUCCCGACCGAGUCUUUUACCUCCUCUGAAUCAUCUGCGAUGAUGAUUGAUCUCGACGAUUCCUCCACGUGGCCGCGAGAGACGGACGGGAAGAGGAGGAUAUGGGAAGUCUGCGCUCCAGGGAAAGGAGAGCACUGGGUGAAGUUGAGCGAAAGCGCAAGGAAAAGAAAGAAUACAAAAUUCGUUCGAUUGAUCGACCAGUUGCUCGGCGAAAACGCUUGGCACGUGUCGUUAAACCAAGAACACGAGGGAAGGUGUAAAGUGAGACACUGGUACAGCCCACUCGUGUUCCCCGAGGGAGAUUCGGGAGUGGACGAGGAUGAGGUUGGAGCGUCGCGCUUCCCGAGGAAGAUUUUCUCGUCGAAGAGACGGAGAGCAAAGUUUGUGUCGUUAGUUUUAGAGGAGGAUGGAGCGAAAUGCGAGGAUGUUUUAAAUGCGAUGGUUGAAGGAAGAAGAAAGAGUAACAGUGCAUCUUCAUCAUCUUCAUCAUCUUCUUUAACUCCCGUCGACGAGGUUUUACUGUGCGCGCACGAGUACGGAAGACGAUUGAAAUCGAGCAUGGGACGAGUCUUGCACCAUAAGAAACCAAAAUAUUUUUGUAGGAGAAAAGGGAAAAGACGUGACGAUAAUAACAACCCAAGCGAAAGCAAUGAUAAACUCUUGUUUGGAGGAGAUCAUCGAUGCAGUAUUUACCAACAUAACGCGACUACGAGAACAUCAGCGAGUUCGCGCGCGUUUUAUCCAGUAAAUCGUAGGCGCGUUCUUGGAAAAGGAUGGCACAUCGACAUCGGGCCUGGUUUUGACGCCGAUGCGCAGCGAAGGUCAACAGGUCAUCCAAUGCAAGGUUUGAUACUCUUAGUUUUAUUAUCAGAUAGUCACGAAGGUGGUGGAGGCACCGCCUUUGUUCGAGGAUCGCACCGGAGUAUAAUUAGAAACGGAUUUCGCGAGAACGUCUUUGGCGAAGAAAACGGUACGAACCAAGACUUGAAUAACUUCGCGCAACAAAGCAUUCAAGACCAAACGGUUUCGAGAGAUUUGUAUAUGUCUUACGAAAAACCAGCGGCGAGUUUACAUAGCGGCAGAGGAAAAGAUAUUAGAAACAUAGAACAAAUAGUUGGGAAAAAAGGUGGGAUUGCAAUUCUCCAUCCUUGGUUAGUCCAUAGCGGAACGACGAAUCACAGAAGCUCGUUGCGCGUUAUGAUGAAUGGAAUGAUUCGAUUCUCCGAAGACGCGUUUGUGUAUCACGGAUUGAGAAUAUUGGACGAUGACGACGACGACGACGACGACGUCGACGACGAAAAUGAUAACGAUGAUACUGCUCAAACAACAAGAACUGAUUUGUUACUUCGAGGAGGAGGAGGAGGUUCUACUGUCACAAAGGCGUUUUAUUCGAGUAAAACGUUCUCGAGAAACUAUCAUCGGCAAUCCGUUUCAAUCAUAAUGCCCGUACAUAAUGCCGAAAAGUGGCUCGAUGAGAGCGUGAGCUCCAUUUUGACGCAGAGCUACGACGGUCCUUUGGAAGUGUCGUUCUUUAACGACGCGUCGACAGAUGGUAGUUUUCAGAAAAUGCGCGAGUGGAUGCUCGCGUUGCGGUAUGCCGGCAUCGAUGUCAAAAUAACAGAAAAGUCAGAGAACACGAGCGGGCGAUUGGAGAGUAAAAGUGAAUGUAAAAAUCGUCCCGGUGGUAUUGGAUUCGCUAAAAACCGCUCGGUCGAAUAUUCGCAAGGAUCGAUAUUAGUUUUCUUUGACGCCGACGAUAUAAUGGCGAACGAUAGAGUGAAGAUGCAAGUUCAACACACCAUUGAAAGUCCGUCUUCAAUUAUUGGAACGACGUGGAAGCGUUUCCCCGAUGGAUCCACCGCACAUUACGAACAAUGGGCCAACAGAUUAUCCAACGAAGAAAUGAUACUCGAGCAGUUCAGGGAAAAUACCGUCCAAAUGCCAACGUGGGCGAUGGCGAGGAAAUGUUUCGACGACGUCCCGGGCGGCUUCGAAGAGUCGCCUCCAGAUUCCGGCGAAGCUGAAGAUACCAUAUUUUUUCACAAACAUCUCGAUAUUCACGCCGAAGAGAAUAAACGUCGAGGAAAGUUCCCCAUUCUUCGCGCGGCGUCCGAUGAUGGAUGUAAUCGAGAAGAACCUUUAUUGUAUUAUCGUUGGACUGAAACUUCCGGGACGUCGCGCGUUCCUAGACGAAGACUUUUAGAUUUGCGGGUUUCCAUUUUUGAAGCACGCGUUUUGAGCAAACCGUUAUGGAACGAGUUCCAAAUUUGGGGUUGCGGCAGAGACGCUCGUAACUUUGUAACCGCGCUGAGCGCAAACGCGAAGAAGAAAAUAGUCGCGAUUGUAGAUUUAGAUGACAAGAAAAUCGGGAAGAUGUACAAUAACUUGCCGAUUGAGCAUUUUAGCGCCGCGCGAAGAGGAAUGUGUACAGUCGUAUGCGUCAUUGAUUGA